AUGGACCAGAAAAAGAUCAAAGCUGUCACCUUGUGGCCAACCCCAAGGACCAUCAAACAGGUGCAGGCCUUCUUAGGCUUUGUUAACUACCUCCGGCGGUUCAUUCCCAAUUUCAGCUCUGUGGCACAACCCCUCCAUAACCUCACCAAAAAGGAAACCCCUUGGUCAUGGGGCAAUCCAGAGGAAGCUGUGUUUCAGGAAUUGAAGUCCCUUGUCACCAAAUCACCAGUUCUUGUCCACUCCAACCCAGAUCUCCCCUACUACCUAGAAACUGACGCAUCAGGGGUAGCCAUGGGAGCUAUCCUGAGCCAACAAGGGGAGGACAAUUGUCUCCACCCAGUUGCUUACAUGUCAAAGUCCUUCUCAGGCGCUGAAGCCAACUAUGACACGCACAAUAAAGAGCUACUAGCUAUUAUCAAGGCACUGGAGGAAUGGCGCAUCUUCUUGGAAGCAACAGAAAGACCAAUACAAGUGUUCACUGACCAUUGGAACUUGGAAUACUGGAUGCAGGCACAGACCUUCAACCAAAGACACGCACAAUGGCAAGUUUUCCUGAGUGAUUUCAACUUUGAAAUUCACUAUUGCCCAGGGAAGCAGUCAGGGAAGCCAGAUGCCUUGUCCAGGAGAUUGGAUUAUAUAAAUCUCCCCACAGAACUGGAAGUCAUGUUACAGCCAGAAGUCUUUGCCAAUACUUCAGAGGAAGAAGUAGAGAUUGUCACAGAAAUCCGCUCUAAGCUCAGGGAAGAUCCAUCCCUAGAGCCCAUCAUCCAAUUCCUCACAGAAGAUGUAGAUAACGCGCCCCCCUCCAUUUGGAAAGCCUAUUGGGAUUAUGAUUGGGAAGAGGACCUUCUAUGGUACCGUGGGAAACUGGUGGUACCAGACUCAGAGCCCCUUAAGGAACAACUACUAAGAGAAUUCCACAACGCCCCACUGGCGGGUCACCCAGGACAACAAAGGACACUUGAACUGAUCAGCAGGUCCUACUGGUGGCCUGGCAUGAAGUCCUCAGCAAAAGAAUGGGUUGAAUGCUGUCCUGUAUGCCAAGUGUUAUAA